AUGGCUACGAGUAAAAGAAAGUUUAUUUUACGUCAAGUGGUUGCCUUUGGGACCAUGCUGCUUGUCGAUGUGGGCAUUCCGUUGGCCCUGUACUAUAUCCUGAAAAUGUAUACCAGUAUUCUGAUUGCUCUCAUUGUCUCUGGUAUCCCACCGUUACUGCGCGUUAUAUAUAUCUUUUGGAGACGAAGAAAAGUGGACGUUCUCGGAUGUAUAAUUGUAUUUUCCUUUGUGUUAUCGGCGAUCCUUUCCAUUAUAAGCGGCGACGUACGUGCGAUGCUUCUGCGCGACUCAGCCACCAUGGCCAUCAUCGCCACCAUGUUCCUGGUGACACUUAUUCCUAUCAAGACACGAUGGUUCGUGAAUCGACCGCUGACGUUUUGUAUCGCACAACAAAUGAUGUCCGAACUACCAUCCGUCCGGUGGAAGGAUGAACAAGGUCAAGAACAGAGUCUUGCUCUCAUUGAAUGGUUAUGGCAAGAAAUUCGACGCUUCCGAGUGGACUCAUACAUUCUGACAGCACUGUGGGGACUGGGCCUCAUGGGCGAAUUUGCGGCCAAAGUGAUCAUGAUUGAAAGCAACUUGGAUGUGGAUCACAUUGUGCUCUAUGGCAACAUUAUUCAAAUUGUACUUUUUGUUUCUUUGACUACCCUGAGUAUAGUCAACUCGCUUAUGAUGAGGAAAUAUACGGCUCAGCGGUUCAUAGAGUGGCGUGAAAAGUACGAAAUGAUAGAUGAAUAA